UAGUUAUGAAAACGGCCGCUGCGCGGCGCCACUGGCAGCGUCGCGCACUUCCACCCGCUCCGCACCAACUUCAGUGCUUCGGUCAACUUCAGUCGGAUGCUGUCGCUCGAGCAGCGCAUUCGUAUCCAAGGGGAGGUUUCUUCUCGCAUCGCGCGCGCGUUCACCCUUCUUCCUUACAUUUGUUCUUUCCAUGUCUCUCUCGCCGCGACGCGGACAUGACGCGCGAAACGUAACCGUCUUCGUCCGGUCAAAUCGUAUCGAAUUAUCAGACUCUCCUCUCUCGUUUGUCGCGCCGCGUUCUUGUCCCUCGCCGCUCUCUCGACACACACAUACACACACAACAAACGUAUCUUUCUCUCCUCUCUCCCGUCCCUCAUCCCUAUCCUCUCGGCGGGGCGAGCCAAAAACUCAUUGCGCUCCGGGAAUAUCCUCUCCCGUCUCGAACCGGUAAUAUCUCCGUGAUUAGCGAGAGUACCCCGAUCUCUUCGCGGUGUCGGACCCGGUCAUUUUCCGUCCGCGACGUGUGUCGUCGUCCGCGAGCAAACUUCAAGGGAGAGAAAAGAAAAACGCCGUCCCGGUGAGAUGCGCGAGUCCGCGCCGCGUCGCUUUUCGUGACUUGGCGAGCGGAAUUCCGCGCGACGGAUUUUCCGCGAAGGAUUUCGGGUGGUGCGUCGCGGCCACCGGCUUGCUGUUCGACCAGAGGCGGCGACGGAGAAAGAGGCGGAGGUGGAGGCGCCGGAGAGAGAGAGAGAGAGAGUAUUUUGGGAGGAUGCGCGGCUGAGGCGAUCGCUGGUGCGAUAGAACCGGAUAUCGUCGACCUCCAGGAGAUCAUGAGAGAAAGCAAAUCCUGAUUGCCGUGGUCCGCGAAAGGAUGGACGCGAAGGGUCGACAUCGGCGAGAAUCCCGAAUCCGGCAUUAACAACCUAACGCAAGAGAAAGGAACGAAUUAACAUCACCGUCGUCCGGAAGAAUUUAUCGCGAGGAGGAUUCCUUCGAGAAGCGACGAAGAACCAGCGCGCGAUUAUUCCCUCCUUCUCUCGCAUCCCUCGUCACCGCUAUCGGACCCAUAGGAGAUGAGCAUCAUAGCCAUCGCCCGCAGGAACUGGGCGCUGCGCCUAUCGGUGGUGUUGAACGUGUGUGUGCUGUUGUACGUGUGCGCCCACAUCGGCUCGUCCGGCCCGUGGAUCGAGGAACCGCCGACCAAUUGGGCGGCGGCCCCGGAGACUUACGAUCUCGCGACCAACGGCACUCAGAAGGGCGUCGCCACGUCGUUAUCCUCGUCCUCGUCGUCGGCCGCGGUCGCCGUCAAAGAUGCGACGUCGGCAAACAACAACAACGGCGUCGGCCGUCCACUCAGGAUCAGGCUUGUCACCACAACGCUGCCUCCCAACAACGGGGCCAAGGCCGAGACUCUCGAUAAGUCGCGAGAGCACCCGCGUAAUCAGACGGCGAAGAACGGCACGUCGAACAUCGCGCGCGAACCGAUGAGCCUAAAGGAGGCCGUAGACUGCAAUGAGAAGUCGACCGAGCCGAGGCGGGCGCAGCGCGGCGAUUACUGGGUGCUUUACAAUUACGUGCCGAUGAGCAUGGCGGUGAGAUGCUGGGAGAGCGUGACAUAUACCACGCACGCCGACUACACGUUCCUGGAUAAUCUGGAGCCGCUGCUGGAGCGCUGGCGGGCGCCGAUAUCGAUCGCCAUGCACGCACCCGGCACCGACUUUCCGGCGACCCUCAACGCUAUCAGGUAUUCGAGAAACUGCGGUAGCCCGCUGGUCUCGCAGCUGGUGACCUUCCACGUCUUCUUCAGCAGCAAGCACGUGCCGAAAAUGGUACCACCAUCGGAGAAGAUAGUCUCCGACACAUAUAACUGCUCGCUCGGGCCGCCAUGGGUGAACGUCAGUCUCGCAAAAAUGUACAAAAAUGAGAAGAAGCUGCUUUAUCCGGUGAACGUGGGCCGCAACAUAGCGCGUGAGUCCGCGCCUACCUUCUACGUAUUUCCCAGCGACAUCGAGCUAUACCCCAGCCCGAAUCUGCCCACCAAGUUUCUCGAAAUGAUUCGCAGGAGGGAUCAGCCGGCCCUCCACAAGCCCAAUCCUAAGGUCUUUGUGCUGUCGAUUUUUGAGGUGGACGAGAAGAGUCAGCCGCCCAACAACAAGACGCAUCUGAUACAGAUGCUGAAAGCGGGCACCGCCAUACCAUUUCAUAAGAAAUUAUGCUCCGGCUGUCAUAACGUGCCGAAGAGCAAGGAGUGGCAGGAAGCACCAGAGACGGAGGAUCUGCACGUCUUCCACGUCGGCAAGAGAACUGGUAGCUUCGUUCACUGGGAGCCGAUCUUCAUUCAGAGAAUGUCUAAGAAAAAUUAUAGCGAUACAUCGAUAUUUAUCGUUUGCAAACAGGGAUACGCGCUCUGCGUUCUUGAUUACGAUUUUCUCAUCCUCGACAACGCUUUCUUGGUCCACCGGCCCGGCAUCAAGAUCUUUAAGAAAGAUACGCAUCGCGACAUGCUCACCGCUAAGACGAACGCACUUAUCAAGAAGAUUAUCAUGCCGGAGCUGAAGGUACUGUACGGCACGAGAAAGGGCUGCGCCGUGUAGCCCGUGGAGUUGUCAGCACGACGGCGCGUGCUCUAUAGGUGCUCAUCUAUACGACGGAACCACUUGCGAUCUUCUCUGUCGUCCGUAUCGUCGUCAAGCUUCGUCGCGCGGCGGAUUCGGCAACGAUCCGAUAUUGCGACUCGUUCACGGACUCCGGGAGCGUGUUCACGUGCGUUCUGUGCGGCCCUUUCGCAAGCUAGGCCCGCUGAGGAACGUUCGCUGCGUAGGAUAGAGGGUAUCCCCCUUUUCCCCGAAUUAUGCCAACUCAACGGUGCCGAACUAAUUAUUACAUAAGUAUUUGGUGAGUUUAUAAAGCAACAACGGGGCACGACACGUCGUGUCUCCGUGAUAAACGUGUCUCAUCGCCAUUAUUGUUAUCAUCUUCGUCGUCAGCAAGCGUCGGCAUUAACAUGACGACGCCCUUAAAUUCUCUCGACAGUAAUUCUCCAGCUUUCAUAAAAAAGAAUCUAGCAUGUAAAAAAAUCGUACCACGUAUUUUUCACUGGUCGAAUAUAUUCUCCUCUUAGCAAGUACAGUUGUAUAUAAUAAAAUGGUGCCUCGUAUACAUCAGUACGUCUACAAGAUUACUGCGCUUUCGGUGAAAGUUACGAACGACAGUGUCAAUUUCGACGCGACUUCGUGACUCGUGACCGAUCAUUAAAAUCGCAAUGUUUCAUAUUCAAGAAUUCAGAUAUAUUAAGGAAUACUGCGGUAUAUGUGAUAUACUGUUGCAAAUAUUACACCAAUAUUACAUAAAUUAUUUACAUAAUGCAAAUAUUAUUGCUCGCGAAAUAAAUUUUCAUCUAUUUAUUUGUAGAAUAUUAAAUGGUGAAACAAUCUAAAAUUAUGUAUAAUCGUAUAA